AAAAAAAAAAAGACACGGAAGCUGCGAUGGCUGCAACAGUGCUCGGCCAUUUCAGUCCAAUUACAUCGUCCCUAAAACCACCGUCACGCCACCGGCGAUUCCUACACCACAAUUUGUCCCCCAAAACACCCCUUCAAUCUUCUCUUAUCAAAUUCGGCGCCGAAAACUCCGAACCUCAACCUCCACGGCCGUUGCCGGAAACUGAUUGUCCCGUUCCGCCGGAGCAGCAGCCAAUCAACGAGUAUCAAUCUCUCUCCACCUCUUUCCCUUUCUCCUGGGCUUCAGGAGAUCUAAUCGAGUACUCUACCAGACUUUUCUUAACCGGCGCUUCUUUCGCAUUUUUCGUCGGGUUACCCGUUUCCUGGUUCGGAUCCAUCGGACCCGAAUAUGAACCUGUUAAGAGGAUUCUCGCCGCCAGCUCUAGCGGGAUCUUCGUUGUCACGCUUGCUGUCGUAAGGAUGUAUCUUGGUUGGGCUUAUGUCGGUAAUCGUCUUCUUAGCGCCACCGUCGAGUAUGAAGAAACUGGUUGGUACGAUGGUCAGGUUAUGAUUUGUUUUGUUACCUCUCAAUCUUUGGUUAAGAAGCUAUGUAGAAGAAAACAUUUGUGUUGCUUAAUGUAAUCUCUAAUGAUAUGGAACAGGUAUGGGUGAAAACACCAGAAGUCUUGGCACGAGACCGUCUUCUUGGAUCUUUCUCGGUAAAGCCAGUUCUUGCGAGACUGAAAAACACGCUAGUUAUUCUCGGAUUAUCGCUCAUUCUUGUUAUAAACCUUGGUGAUUCUCCAAUUGCAACGUCUUAUAGAACAUACAGGGAUCCUAGGGACAGAUCCUCGCUGCCAAUCCCAGGAGCGUACAAUGAUGAAACCGCAAGAACUUUCGAACCAGAAGCUUUCUGCGGUGAACCAUCUUCCGAUCUUCUUUGAAAAUCUCUUCAUCACAACGCAAAUACAGAUAGUUCCUGAUAGUAAAUAUAUCUGUACAUUCCUGUAUAUUUCGAUAAAUUGGAUGUAAAGGACAAAAACCAGUCUUGAUGUAUCGGAAAAACUCAUUAUUAGGUUUCAAAUCUAGCUCUUAUCAUUCGGACUAGUAUUGACAGUUUCUAACUUUCUAGAGGUAGUCAUUUCGAUUUCUGUAAGAUCUUACAUUGAUACUCUUUCAUCUCUAACACUAUCUUUGUUUGCCUCCGAGAAAAUCUAUGUUAAUACUGACCAUUUUAUUUUU